AGCCUCCUCUCCACCGUCUUCUGGAUGGUUACUGAAAUUGUCAAGAACCUGUCCAUCGUCCCAAUUAAAGAGGCUUGAAAAAAAGACCCCAGGCCAACAAGAUGGAUUACAUUUCCUACAGCGGCGUCCCGAGGUUCUUGACGAGGCCCAAAGCCUUCGUGGUCUCCAUGGGCAAAGAUGCCACCCUGAGCUGCCAGAUCAUUGGCAACCCCAUCCCAUUGGUGAGCUGGGAGAAGGACAAACUCCCCAUCCAGACAGGAGGACGCUUCAAGAUGGUAGAAGAUGAUGACCUUUAUCGUCUCACCAUCUACAACUUGAGCUUGGAGGACAGCGGUCAGUACAUUUGCCGGGCCAAGAACACCAUCGGGGAAGCCUUCGCCGCCGUCAGUAUCAAAGUCGGCGAGCAGACCACCGUGACGGAAUCGGCCCCAUACUUCAUCCAGAAGCCCACAUCCAUCCGAGUGAUCAUGGGUGAAGAUGCCAUGUUCAAGUGCAUCGUCCAAGGUAGUCCUCCCCUCGCCAUCAACUGGGAGAAAGAUGGGAAGCAUCUGGGCAAAUCAUCUGACUCCAACCGGAUCCGGAUUGAAUCCCAGGGUGAGAAGAACGCUCUGAAGAUCCAAAGUACUCAUUUGGGAGACAGCGGGACCUACACUUGCCGUGCAGAGAAUCCUUUAGGAUCCUCCAGUGCAGCCGCUGCGUUGAUGGUAGAUCUUCCAGAUUCCUACAGCCCAGGCAGCACGAGACACAGUAUAGAUGACAUCGGCAGCAAGACCUCUCCGUUGUUGUCCCACAUGCAGAAAAGACGAGAAGAAAUCCGGAAGACCGAUUUGUCCAACGUAGAGUCCUUGAUCUCCACCGAACGACGGUCCAAACUCGGAUUGAGCUUGUCCUUGGAUUACGAACGGGCUGCUAGCUUGACCUCCAAGGGACUCCGAGGUGAUGGAGGUUCAUAUUAUCGGGUCACCACUCGAAGCUUCACUGUCACCGAGGGCAAGCACGCCAAAAUGAGCUGCUACGUAACCGGAGAACCCAAACCGGAGACGGUUUGGAAGAAGGACGGAGAGGUGAUCCUGGAGAGCCGGAGACACAUAAUUUACGAGGACGAGCAAGAGAAUUUUGUCUUGAAGAUCCUCUUCUGCAAACAGGUCGAUAACGGCCUCUACACCUGCACAGCUUCAAAUUUGGCGGGUCAGACCUACAGUUCUGUGUUGGUAACUGUCAAAGAACCGAGAAUACCUUUCAAGACAAAACUCCAAGAUUUGGAAGUUCGGGAGAAGGACUCCGCGAUCUUCGUGUGCGAAGUUCCCCAUUCUGAUGUGGAGACCACUUGGUUCAAAGAGGAGACCAGACUUCAACAGAAUGACAAGUACAAGAUUGAAGAAGAUGGGCUAUGCCGCAAGCUCACAGUCCAAAAUGUCACCAUGGAUGAUGACGCUGUCUACAUUUGCGAGAUGAAGGAAGGCAGCAGAACCAUCGCUGAAUUGAGCGUUCAAGGCAACAUUGUCAAGAAACUGCCAAGGAAAACAGCUGUCAGUAUAAAAGACACUGCAGUGUUCUGCGUGGAACUGGAACAGAAGUGCGAGAAGUUCCGAUGGUUGAAGAAUAAAGAAGAAUUAAAACCCAGUGGUCGCAUUUCAAUCUCAUCCGCAGAUAGAGAAUACACCAUGAUCAUCCGGGAUUGUCAAAUGGAAGAUGGAGGAGAAAUUGUCUUUGUGGCUGAUGAGUGUAGAACAUCCACGCAAUUUACUGUCUCUGCUCCAAAGAAACCCCCAUCACAUCCUCCAACUGACCCAGUGGUGAAAAAUAAAACAGAAACCUCAGUGACGUUAGCCUGGUCUCUUCGGAAGACGGACCGGCCUGUCCCAAUAGAUGGCUACCUUGUUGAACGUAAGAAGCUGACUGGAUUUGCAUGGCUGAGGUGCCACCAAGCUUUGGUGUCCCAAACUGAGUUGAUGGUCAACAACAUGACUGAAGAGGCUGACUACCAGUUCCGAGUUUCUGCAGUAAACAAGUAUGGCCAAAGUGAUUAUCUGGAAUUUCCUGGAGUCUGGCAUCUUGAACCUACCCUGGCAGUGAAAACUCCUCUGAGAAAUGUCGAAGUUGCACCAGGGAGAGAUGCAACCUUCACUGUGGACCUCACCAUCCCUAGUCCCGGCUCAUGGUACAUCAAUGGCAACCUUGUGCAGAACAGUGACAAAUACAUAAUUACGAGAACCAAAGCAAGCCACAGUUUAAUAAUUAAGCGGGUCACCAGUGCGUUCAAGGAGGCAGAGGUGAAAUUUGUAACCAAGGAUAUUGAAAGCAUUGGAAGAGUCACCUUGAAAGAUGAAGUGGCCACAUUUGUCAAUGACUCAGCCCCUGGGAUUUCAGUCAACCUUCAUGAGAAGUUUGAGCUGGUUUGCGAAGUGUCCUCAGCCACUGAUGCAGUCUUGUGGCGAAAGGGGAAGAAGGACAUCAAGCCAGACCAAAGGGUGACAUUUUCUGUUCAGGGAAAACAGCGAAAACUUAUUGUCCAAAACGCCAUCAAGGAAGACGAAGGGGUUUAUACCUGCGAAUCAAAAGAUGACCGACUAACCUUCCAGGUGGAGGUCAAAGAGCCUGCAGAGGUCUUUUUUGGCAAGGAGAAAGUCCAGAAAGAAAUCAGAGCUAUUCUUUCCGAAAACGCUUUUCUCAGCUGCGAAGUAGCCCAGCCCACAAUGGAAGUGAGAUGGUUCAAGGAUGGGAAACUCAUCACCCCAAGCAAGAAAUUCAAGAUUGAAACAGAAGGGAAAUCUCGCUGGCUGAUUAUCCGACAAGUUGACAGGAAGGAUGGAGGUCAAUACACCUGCGAAGCAGAUGGCCAGAAACUGGCCUUCAAAGUGAUUGUAACAGAUAGAGAGGUUGAGGAGAUAUUUGUCAACCAGAAGAAAGUCCAGAAGGACAUAAGGACUGUGGCUUCAGAGAACGUCUCUCUCAGUUGUGAGGUGGCCCAGACCAAGACAGAAGUCAAGUGGUUCAAAGAUGGGCAGCUGAUCACCGACACCAAGAAGUUCAAAAUAGAAGAACAAGGUGAAUCCCGUUGUCUGGUUGUUCAACAGGUGGAGAAGAAAGAUGCAGGUGAAUAUACCUGCGAAGCUGAUGGCCAAAAGCUCACCUUCAAAGUCACGGUUGCAGAUGAAAAGAUUAAGGAAGUCUUUGUCAACCAGAAGAAAGUCCAGAAGGACAUAAGGACUGUGGCUUCAGAGAACGUCUCUCUCAGUUGUGAGGUGGCCCAGACCAAGACAGAUGUCAAGUGGUUCAAAGAUGGGCAGCUGAUCACUGACACCAAGAAGUUCAAAAUAGAAGAACAAGGUGAAUCCCGUCAUUUGGUUGUCCAGCAGGUGGAGAAGAAAGAUGCAGGUGAAUAUACCUGUGAAGCUGAUGGCCAGAAGCUCACCUUCAAAAUCACAGUUGCAGAUGAAAAAAUUAAAGAAGUUUUUGUCAACAAGGAGAAGGUCCAGAAGGACAUCAAGGCUGUCGCUUCAGACAACAUUUCUCUCAGCUGUGAGGUGGCCCAGGACAAGACAGAAGUCAAAUGGUUCAAGGAUGGAAAAUUGAUCACCUCCAACAAAAAAUUCAAGAUAGAAGCAGAAAACAGAUCCCGUCAUCUGGUUGUCCUACAGGUGGAAAAGAAAGAUGCAGGUGAAUACACCUGUGAAGCGGAUGGUCAGUUGCUGAACUUCCAAGUAACCGUAACAGAUAAAGAAGUUCAGGAGAUGUUUAUCAACAAGGAGAAGGUCCAGAAGGAUAUCAAGGCUGUGGCUACAGAGGACGUCUCUCUCAUCUGUGAGGUGGCCCAGGCCAAGACAGAUGUCAAGUGGUUCAAGGAUGGAAAAUUGAUUACCUCCAACAAGAAAUUCAAGGUGGAAACAGAUGGCAGAUCCCGGCGUCUGAUUGUUCAACAGGUGGAGAAGGAAGAUGGCGGCAAAUACACCUGUGAAGCUGAUGGCCAGAAGCUCACCUUCAGAGUAACUGCAUCAGACAGAGAAAUUGAGGAGGUGUUUGCCAACAAGGAGAAGGUCCAGAAGGACAUCAAGGCUGUGGCUUCAGAGAAUGUCUCUCUCAGCUGCGAGGUGGCCCAGGCCAAGACAGAAGUCAAAUGGUUCAAGGAUGGAAAAUUGAUCACCUCCAGCAAGAAAUUCAAGGUGGAAGCUGAAGGCAGAUCCCGGCAUCUGGUUGUCCAACAGUUGGAGAAGAAAGAUGGAGGCGAAUACACCUGUGAAGCAGAUGGUCAGAAACUCGCCUUCAAAAUUACAGUUGCAGACAGAGAAGCUGAGGAGAUGUUUACCAACAAGGAGAAGGUCCAGAAGGAUAUCAAGGUUGUAGCUUCAGAGAAUGUCUCUCUCAGCUGUGAAGUGGCCCAGGCCAAGACAGACGUCAAGUGGUUCAAGGAUGGGAAACUGAUCACUGCCAAUAAGAAAAUCAAGGUAGAAACAGAUGGUAGAUCCCGGUGUCUGGUUGUGCAACAGGUGGAGAAGAAAGAUGCAGGUGAAUACACCUGCGAAGCUGAUGGCCAGAAACUGAACUUCAAAGUCACAGUUGCAGAUAGUGAAGCUGAGGAGAUGUUUGUCAACAAGGAGAAGGUCCAGAAGGACAUCAAGGCUGUGGCUUCAGAGACUGUCUCUCUCAGCUGUGAAGUGGCCCAGGCCAAGACAGAUGUCAAGUGGUUCAAGGAUGGAAAAUUGAUCACCUCCAGUAAGAAAUUCAAGGUGGAAGCUGAAGGCAGAUCCCGGCAUCUGGUUAUUCAACAAGUGGAGAAGAAAGAUGGAGGCAAAUACACCUGUGAAGCUGAUGGUGAGAAGCUCACCUUCAAAGUCACAGUUGCAGAUAAAGAAGUUGAGGAGGUGUUUGCCAACAAGGAGAAGAUCCAGAAGGACAUCAAGGCUGUUCCUUCAGAGACCAUCUCUCUCAGCUGUGAGGUGGCCCAGGCCAAGACAGAUGUCAAAUGGUUCAAGGAUGGGAAACUGAUCACUGCCAGCAAGAAAGUCAAGGUAGAAACAGACGGUAGAUCCCGGCAUCUGGUUCUUCAACAGGUGGAGAAGAAAGAUGCCGGUGAAUACACCUGCGAAGCUGAUGGCCAGAAACUGAACUUCAAAGUCACGGUUGUAGAUGCAAAAGCUGAGGAGAUGUUUGUCAACAAGGAGAAGGUGCAGAAGGAUAUCAAGGUUGUAGCUUCAGAGAAUGUCUCUCUCAGCUGUGAGGUGGCCCAGGCCAAGACAGAUGUUAAGUGGUUCAAGGAUGGAAAAUUGAUCACCUCUAGCAAGAAAUUCAAGGUGGAAGCAGAUGGCAGAUCCCGGCAUCUGAUUAUUCAACAGAUGGAGAAGAAAGAUGGUGGUGAAUACACCUGUGAAGCUGAUGGCCAAAAACUCACCUUCAAAGUUGCAAUUGCAGAUGAAAAAGUUAAGGAGGUGUUUGUCAACAAAGAGAAGAUCCAGAAAGAUAUCAAGGCUGUGUCUUCAGAGAAUGUCUCUCUCAGUUGUGAGGUGGCUCAGUCCAAGGCAGAAGUGAAAUGGUUCAAGGAUGGCAAACUGAUCACUGCGAGCAAGAAAUUCAAAGUAGAAGCACAAGGUGGAUCCCGUUGUCUCGUUGUGCAACAGGUGGAGAAGAAAGAUGCAGGAGAAUACACCUGCAAAGCUGAUGGCCAGAAACUAACUUUCAAAAUCACAGUUGCAGAUAGAGAAGCUGAGGAGAUGUUUACCAACAAGGAGAAGGUCCAGAAGGAUAUCAAGGUUGUAGCUUCAGAGACUGUCUCUCUCAUCUGUGAAGUGGCCCAGGCCGAGACAGACGUCAAAUGGUUCAAGGAUGGAAAACUGAUCACCUCCAACAAGAAAUUCAAGGUGGAAGCAGAAGGCAGAUCCCGACGUCUGGUUGUUCAACAGGUGGAGAAGAAAGAUGGAGGUGAAUACAUCUGUGAAGCUGGUGGCCAGAAGCUCACUUUCAAAGUCACUGUAACAGAAGCAGAGGAGAUGUUUGCCAACAAGGAGAUGUUUGAGAAGGACUUCAAAGUUGUGGCUACAGAGAACAUCUCUCUCAGCUGUGAGGUGGCCCAGGCCAAGACAGAUGUCAAGUGGUUCAAGGAUGGGAAAUUGAUCACCUCCAACAAGAAAUUCAAGGUGGAAGCUGAAGGCAGAUCCCGGCGUCUGGUUGUCCAACAGGUAGAGAAGAAAGAUGCCGGUGAAUACACCUGUGAAGCUGGAAAACAGAAGUUGGCCUACAAAGUUGUUGUUGAAGAAGCUCCCGAAGUCUUUACCAAUAAGGACAAAAUAAAGAAGGAAGUCAAGGCAGUCCUGAAGGAGAAUGCCAUUUUGACCUGCCAGGUGGCCACUUCGGACACUCAGGUGAAAUGGUACAAAGAUGGACAACCCAUCCCCAUUAGCAAACACAUCAAGAUGGAGUCAGAUGGAACCACGCGCAAACUGUAUCUGGAGCAAGUGGCGAUCAAGGACGUUGGACAGUAUACCUGUGAAGCAGGUGGUCAGAAAGUGACCUUCAAGAUGGAAAUAACAGAACCGGAGGUCAAACUCCAAAGAAAAGCUGCUCAGGAGGAGACCAUUGUUGCUCAGGAGCACAAGGAGGUUGUCUUCUCCACUGUGGUAUCACCUGAGGAUGCUGAGGUCAAGUGGUUCAAGGAUGGAGUUGAGAUCCAAGAUGGUAAGAACUAUGAGGUCAAGAAGGACAAGGAGGCUAGGACCUUGAUUGUGAAGACGGCCGAAACCAAAGAUGCUGGUCUGUACACCUGCGAAGUUAAGAGUGAGAAACAGCAGUUCCAACUCAAGGUGGAAGAAGUACCGGUUAAGUUUGCCAAAAAGCUGGAGCCCAUAAAAGCUGAGCUUGGAAAGGCUUUGAAUUUGAGUUGUGAACUCAGCCAGCCCGAAGGAACGGUUGUGUGGCGCAAGGACGGAACAAUCCUCAAAGCCAGCAAGCGCUACCUGAUGCAAGAAAUUGGUGCCAAGAGAGUGCUGAUCAUCUCCAGCUUGCGGGCUGAGGACAAGGGAGAAUAUUCAUGUGAGGCAAGGAAUGACCAAUGCACCAUUCAAGUCACCCCCACAGCACCUCGCAUUGUGAAGUUUGUCAAGGGCCUCUCCAAGGUUGUGGCAGAAGAAGGCAAAGAGGCGGUUUUUGAAUGCACUGUCUCCCCCAGCGACGCAUCCGUAAAGUGGAGCCAUCGUGGCGCCCCGAUCGGAGCCAGCAAGAAAUAUGUCAUUUCUCAUCGGGAUGUCCAUCAUAGCCUUACCCUCACUGAACUGACGGUCCAAGACAGUGGGGAAGUCACAGCUGAAGCCGAGGGAGAAGAGAGCCGGGCCCACCUCCGAGUGGAAGAAGCGCCGGUGUUAUUCGUGAAGAAGUUGGAAGCCAAAGUUGUAGAAGAGAAACAGACGAUUGUGCUCGAAGUUGAGCUAUCCAAGCCGACCCCAGAGGUGAAGUGGACGAAGAACGCAAGUGUCCUUCACCCAACAGCCAAUCUGGAGAUCCAAGCCCAGGGGACAAAGCACUGCCUGGUGAUCAAGAGCGCAUCCUGUGACGAUCGUGGGUUUUAUUCCUGCGAGACCCUCCAUGACAAGACGCAAGCCAAGGUCACUGUAGACAUGAGACCCAUCAAACUGAUCAAAGGCUUGCAGCCGACGGAUGUUCAUGAGAAGGAAUCGGUCACUUUUGAGGUGGAAUUGUCCCACGAAGACGUGGAAGCAGUUUGGAUGAAGGAUGGUCUCCGUCUCAAGUCUCAGGACAACUGCCAGAUAUCCAUGCAAGGGAAGAAGCAUUCACUGACCCUCUCAUCUUUGACAUUGGAAGAUUCAGCUCUUAUUUCCUUCAAGGCUGAAGGAAUUCACACCACAGGCAGGCUUAAUGUGAAAGAAUCCCCUGUGAAAAUCAUCACACCUUUAAAAGACCUCAAAGUUCAGAACAAGGAUGACAUAACCUUUGAGUGCGAACUUUCCAGGCCCAAUGUGGAAGUUAAGUGGCGCAAGAAUGGAGUGGAGAUCCGGCCAAGUAAAAAGAUGGCCAUCGCUUCCAGAGGACCAAAGAGAAGCCUCAUCAUUCAUACAUGUGAAUACGAAGACCAAGGAACAUACAUGUGUGAUGCGGUAGAUGAUAAGAGCUCAGCUGUUUUGGAGAUCCAUGCCCGGGACAUCAAGAUUGUAAAACCGUUGGAAGAUGUGGAAGUGAGCGAAAAAGAAAGUGCUUCUUUCCUUUGCGAGAUUUCACAUGAUGAUGUUCAAACCCAGUGGUUCAGUAACAAAAACAAAAUCCGGGCUGGAGAGAACAUCAAACUACGUCAGGAAGGGAAAAGUCACUCCCUGGUUUACCGCAGUGUGGAGUUGCAGGAUUCCGCAGAAAUAAAAUUUGUGGCUGAAACUGCAGAAUCACGAGCUCAACUUAAAGUCAAAGAACUACCGGUCAAGAUCAUUAAACCCCUCCGGGUGAAGAUUGCCAUCGAAAGACACCGAGGUUUUAUGGAGUGCCAAGUUUCUCGCCCGAAUGCCAUCGUUAAGUGGUUCAAAGGAGACCUAGAACUCCAUUCUGGCCAGAAGUAUGAGAUAGUGAGCGAUGGGAUCUACCGGAAACUUAUCAUCAACGAGACCGAGUUUGAGGAUGAAGGGAUUUACACCUGCGAUGCCGUGGAUGACAAGAGCAGUGCUCAGUUCUACGUAGAAGAACAAACCAUCAACAUCGUGAAGGAGCUGAGAGACGUGGAGGUGAUGGAACCAGCCGAAGCCCGCUUUGAGUGCGAAAUCUCCAUCCACUCAGUGAAGCCCCCCAAAUGGUCUCUCCGUGGGGAAGUGCUACAGAAGGGCCCAAAUAUCAUCAUAGAACAAGAGGGGAAAAUCCACCGGCUGAUCUUGAGGAAAACCAAUGUGGACAUGACAGGCACCAUCCAAUUUGCCAUUGGCAAGUCCAAAUCCUUGGCUGAUCUGAUGGUCAAAGAUAUUCCAGUGAUUUUCACCAGACCUCUAGAAGACAGGACGGUCCUAGAAACCCAUUCGGUGGUCCUCUCUUGUGACUUCAAGCCAUCCCCAAAGGAGGUUGAGUGGUAUAGGAAUCACACAUUGCUGGAACCUUCUGAGAAAUUUAAGAUGAAGAGGGAGAAGUUCACAGCUGAGCUCAAAAUCCUGAGGUUGACCGUCGGGGAUUCAGGUGUCUACCGAUGCAAAGCCGGAAGUGCAGAGACGAAAGCCACAUUGACCAUUUUGGAACGCAAAGUGGAGAUCACCAAACAUCUGCAGGAUGUGGAGGUUGACGAAGAGAGCUUGGCUACCUUCUCCUGUGAGUUGUCUGAAGAUUGUGAGGAUGUUGAAUGGUUCCUCAAUGAUACCCACCUCUUCCCCAACAACUUCAAUGAGAUAAAGCAUUUGGGCAACUCCCACAGCCUGACGCUGAAGCAUGUCACGCCAGAAGACAGUGGGACAGUGACCAUCAAGGUUCAGAAGAAAAUUUCUGAGAGCACCCGGCUGAAGGUGAAAGAGAAGCCGGCUGUCUUCAUGAAAUCUCUGGACGACGUGGUUGCUGAGGAACGAAGCACUAUCACACUGGAGUGUGAAGUCUCAAAACCGAAAGUGAAACCGGUAUGGAAGAAGGAAGGGGUGGAACUGACCCCAGGAGAUAAAUUUGAGAUGUUGCAAUCUGGGAAGACCCUGGGACUCACCAUCCGAGAUCUUGGCAAGGAUGAUGCUGGAUGGUACACGUGUGACCUUGGAACGGAUGUCGCCAAGUCUAAAGUCAUCAUUCAAGAGCUGAAUAUCGGUAUUACAAAGCGUCUAAAGAGCAUUGAGGUGCAGGAAGGAGAGGGUUGUAGCUUCGAAUGUGUCCUCUCACAUGAGAGUCUGGAUGGUUGUCACUGGCUGAUCAAUGGGAACGAAGUCAGCCAUGACGCCCGAUUCCGAGCCUUCAACAAAGGAAGAAAAUACACCCUCACAAUCAAGAAAACCUUAGUUACCGAUGCCGGUGAAGUGGUGUUUUCCGUCCGUGAUUUAAAAUCCAAAGCAUCUCUUGCAGUGAAAGAAAAGCCCGCUGAAUUCACAAAACAGCUGGAGGAUAAGUCCACCUUAGUGGGAUGUGAAGUCAGCCUGAGUUGUGAUUUGUCCAAAUGGGACAACAACCUGAAGUGGAAAAAGGAUGGCAAAGAGAUUCGGAGGAGUCAAAAAUACGACCUGCGUCAGGAAGGCUCCCGAGCGAUUUUAAUCAUCCAUGACACCACAGUGAAAGAUGGUGGACAAUAUACCUGUGAGACCGAAUUCUCCAAAACAAAAGCCACGCUAUCGGUGGAAGAAGCUGGAAACUGCUUUGUGAAGGAUCUUGAGGACUUGAAGGCGGAGGAGAACAAGAAUGCCACCCUCACUUGUGAAACCAAGAAACCAACUUCUUCUGUGGCGUGGAGAAAAGGCAUUGUUGACCUUCAAGCCAGCCAGAAAUAUGAGAUCAGCCAAAAAGGAACUGUCUUGCAACUCCUCGUGAAGGACCUUAAGGAAAACGAUAGUGACAUCUACACUUGUGACAUUGGUGACAGCCAAUCCAGUGCAAAGCUAGUGGUGCAAGGCCUGCCAGUAGUUUUUAACCAAGAACUGCAAAACAAGGAAGCCCAGGAAGGGAAUAAAGUCCGUCUUACUUGUGAGCUUAACAAACCAGAUGUGCCUGUGCAGUGGAUGAAGGGCAACGUAGUCCUGGAAGCAGGUGACAAAUAUGAAUUCAAGCAACGGGGUCCUGUGGCUGAGCUCAUUAUCCGGGAGGCAAAGACAUCAGAUGCAGGGGAAUAUAUUUGCAAAAGUGGAGACCUGAAGACCUCUGCACGGGUGGAGGUGACAGCAGCCCCUGCCAUUUUUAAGGAAGAGCUUAAGGAUGUGGAAAAUAAAGAAGGUGAGACGGUCACUUUGCGCUGCGUCCUCGCCGCGCCAGAGGUCACAGUGGCAUGGAAGAAAGGUGCGACUCUCCUUUGGGCGAGCGAGAAGUACAAGAUGAAACAGGACGGCUGUGUGGCUGAGCUGCUGAUUCACCAUGCACAACCAGAGGAUGCAGGAAAAUAUACUUGUGAUGCGGGAGAGAAGCAGAGCACAGCUCAGAUCAAAGUCCACGCUACGCCCGUCAGUUUUAAAGAAAAACUGAAGAAGGCUGAGGCUCUGGAAGGUGGAGUAGCUACUCUCCACUGUGAGUUAAAUAAACCCGCUCCGGUGGAGUGGGUGAAAGGACAAAAAACUUUACGGCCAGGCAGCAAAUACCGAAUGAAGAAAGAAGGUACCAUCGUCGAGUUGACAAUCCAUGAUCUGGACCUGAAAGAUGCUGGAGAUUAUACCUGCAUUUCUGGAGACCAACAGACGACUGCAGUCUUAACCGUGAAUGCCGUGGCUGCUCAUUUCAAAACUCAACUGAAGAACCAGGAGGUGACCGAAAGUGGAACCGCCACUCUGCAUUGCGAGUUGACCAAAGCUGUGGAUUUGGUCGUGUGGAUGAAGGAUGAAAAAGUACUGAAACCGAGUGAGAAGUACCGAAUGAGGUUAGAAGGACGCUUUGCUGAGCUGUCCAUCCAAGAUCUGGAAGUCCCAGAUGCUGGAAGUUACACUUGCAUGUGUGGGGAUCAGAAGACCAAAGCAACUUUGAAAGUGAAUGCCCUGCCUGUGUUUUUCCAAGAAGACCUAAAAAACAAGGAAGUGAACGAAGGGGAAUCAACCAUUUUCCAGUGUAAGCUGAAUAAAGCAGCAAGUGUGGAAUGGUACAAGGGAUCUAGGCUGCUGAAACCGGAUGGAAAAUUCCAAUUAAAACAGGAAGGUUCUUGUGUUGAACUGGUGAUCCAAGGCUUGGACAUCACCGAUUCUGGAGAUUAUACUUGCAAAUGUGGAGCCCAGAAGACUACAGCUAAAUUGACCAUAAAUGCCCUGCCGGUCCUCUUCACCAAAUCCUUAAAAGACGAAGAAGCUAUGGAAGGCAAAGUUGCCACUUUCCAGUGUGAGCUGAACAAAAUCUCUGCUCCUAUAGAGUGGAAGAAAGGACACAAGAUUCUUAAGUCAGGAAGCAAAUAUAAAAUGAAACACGAAGGAAAAAUUGCUGAACUGGUGAUCCAGAACUUAGAAGUAACAGAUUCUGGAACCUAUGCUUGUAUAUCUGGAGAACAGCAAACCACAGCAACUUUAGAAGUCAAGGCUCUGCCCGUUCUUUUCAAAGAAGGGCUGAAGAACCGGGAAGCUGUUGAAGAUGCCACCACUACUCUCCAUUGUGAGAUGUCUAAAGCUGGGGCUGAGGUACAGUGGAAGAAAGGAUCACAAACUCUUAAGUCAAGCGAUAAAUACAGAAUGAGGCAGGAGGGUCCUAUUGCCGAAUUGUUGAUUCGAGAUCUGAAGGUGGUAGACACGGGAGAUUACUCCUGUUUGUGUGGAGAUCAGAAGACCACAGCCGUCUUGACCGUUCAUGCACUACCUGUGCGUUUCCAAGAAGAACUCAAAAGCCAAGAGGUCCUAGAAGGAAGAACAGCUGUUCUGCACUGUGCAUUAAAUAAAACUGCCGUGGUGGAUUGGAGAAAAGAUGCACAGAUGCUCCAGCCAAGUGCAAAAUACAAAAUCAAACAGAAAGAAAAUGUUGCAGAACUCACAAUUCAGGACGUGACCGAAGAGGAUGCGGGAGAAUAUUCCUGUAUUUGUGGAGAUCAAACCACAUCAGCUUCUGUCACAGUGCAGGCCUUACCUCCAUGUUUCAAAGUCGACUUGAAGAACCUCGAAGCUGCCGAAGAUGGUGCUGCCACUCUGCGGUGCGAGCUGACCAAAACUCCUGCCCUUGUGAAGUGGUGGAAGGGCAGCGAGGUUCUGAAGCCCAGCGAUAAAUACGAAAUGAAACUGGAAGGUGUGGUUGCUGAACUGGUGGUCCACCGCUUGCAACUGACCGAUACUGGGGGUUACAGUUGCACCGUUGGCGAUUCGAAGACUUCAGCUUUCUUAAGGGUGAAUGCCAUUCCUGCGAAGUUCAAGAAAGGUCUGGAAGACCAAGAAGUUACAGAAGGUGGAACUAUUGCUCUCCAGUGUGAGCUGACAAAAACAGCUACGGUGGAGUGGAAAAAGAAACACAAGACACUGCGAGCAAAUGACAAAUACAACCUGAAGCAGGAAGGCCCUGUGGCAGAGUGUGUGAUACAUAAUCUUGAUCUUGGAGACGCCGGAGAAUACUCCUGUGUCUGCGGUGACCAGAAAACCACUGCGACUCUGGCGGUCCGGGCUCUACCUCCCCAAUUCAAACAGGAACUGAAGGAUGUGGCAGCCACCGAAAAUGAAACAGCUACAUUGCAUUGUGAGCUCACCAAAGCUGCUCCUGUGGAAUGGAUGAAGGAAGGAGACAAAUUAAAAGGAGACAAAUACCAAUUCAGACAGGAAGCAGCUGUCGCCAAGUUGGUGAUCUGUGGUUUAGAAGUUGAGGAUGCUGGACGUUACACCUGUAUUUGUGGAGACCAGAAAACUUCAGCUGCUUUGACUGUUAAAGCUCUCAAGCCUGAAUUUACGCAGCAACUGAAGGAUGAGAAAGCGGAUGAGGGCAGCACAGUCAGAUUACGUUGUGAAGUGACAGUCCCUAAAGCCCCAGUAGAAUGGCGCAAAGACGGUGCAAGAAUCCACGCUAGUCCCAAAUAUGACAUCAGACAGGAUGGGGGCAUCCGUGACUUACUCAUUCAUAACUUAGAACCCCAAGACAGUGGGGAGUAUUCGUGCAUCGCUGGAGAUCAAACCACGUCUGCCACAUUAUCUGUGCAAGUCCUGAAACCUGAAUUCACACAGCGGCUGAAGGAUGAGAAAGCGGAUGAGGGCAGCAAGGUCAGAUUACGUUGUGAAGUGACAGUCCCUAAAGCCCCAGUAGAAUGGCGCAAAGACGGUGCAAGAAUCCACGCUAGUCCCAAAUAUGACAUCAGACAGGAUGGGGGCAUCCGUGACUUACUCAUUCAUAACUUAGAACCCCAAGACAGUGGGGAGUAUUCGUGCAUCGCUGGAGAUCAAACCACAUCUGCCACCUUAUCUGUGCAAGUCCUGAAACCUGAAUUCACACAGUGGCUGAAGGAUGAGAAAGCGGAUGAGGGCAGCAAGGUCAAAUUACGUUGUGAAGUGACAGUCCCUAAAGCCCCAGUAGAAUGGCGCAAAGACGGUGCAAGAAUCCACGCUAGUCCCAAAUAUGACAUCAGACAGGAUGGGGGCAUCCGUGACUUACUCAUUCAUAACUUAGAACCCCAAGACAGUGGAGAGUAUUCGUGCAUCGCUGGAGAUCAAAUCACAUCUGCCACAUUAUCUGUGCAAGUCCUGAAACCUGAAUUCACUCUGCGACUGAAGGAUGAGAAAGCGGAUGAGGGCAGCAAGGUCAGAUUACGUUGUGAAGUGACAGUCCCUAAGGCCCCAGCAGAAUGGCGCAAAGAUGGUGCAAGAAUCCACGCCAGUCCCAAAUAUGACAUCAAACAAGAUGGUGGCCUCCGCGAUUUGCUCAUUCAUGACUUGGAACCCCAAGACAGCGGAGAGUAUUUGUGCGUCGUUGGAGACCAAACCACGUCUGCCACAUUAUCUGUGCAAGCCCUCAAGCCUGAAUUCACGCAGUGGCUGAAGGAUGAGAAAGUGGAUGAAGGCAGCACGGCCAGAUUUUGCUGUGAAGUGACCGUCCCUAAAGCCCCAGCAGAAUGGCGUAAAGAUGGUGUAAGGAUUCAUGCUAGCCCCAAAUAUGACAUCAGAAAAGAUGGUGGCAUCCAUGAUUUACUCAUUCAUAACCUGGAACCCCAAGACAGCGGCGAGUAUUCGUGCAUCGUUCGAGACCAAACCACGUCUGCCACGUUAUCUGUGCAAGUCCUCAAAGCUGAAUUCACUCAACGGUUGAAGGAUGAGAAAGCGGAUGAGGGAAGCACAGCCAGAUUACACUGCGAGAUCACAGUCACUAAAGGCCCUGUGGAAUGGCGCAAAGACGGUGCAGGAAUCCACGCUAGCCCCAAAUAUGAUAUCCAACAGGAUGGGGGCAUCCAUGAGUUACUCAUUCAUAAGUUGCAACUCCAAGACAGUGGCGAAUAUUCGUGUAGCAUUGGUGACCAAACCACAUCUGCCACGUUAUCUGUGCAAGAAGUGGACAUCACCAUCAUCCGGGGACUGAAAAGCGCAGAGGUUUUGGAAGAGGAAGAAGUCACCUUCGAGUGCGAAGUCUCCCACGACAACGCAAAAGAUGUGGAGUGGAAAUUGCAAGAUUUGUCGCUUCAAAGCAACCAGAUGAACGAGAUCUCAGUCGAGAGAGGACGGGUGCACAAGUUGACACUCCGCAACGUCACCCAGCAGGAUUCUGGCACGGUCACCUUCCGGGUGGGACCGUACACCUCCACAGCGAGGCUCAGAGUGGAAGCCCUACAUCCUGACUUUCAACAAGAACUGAGCAACCUAGAAUUGCAAGAAGGCAGCGCAGCUUUCCUCAAAUGCGAAGUAUCUAUGCUUAACGUCUCUGCCAUCUGGAAAAAGGGCUCGGAAGUCAUCACUCCGAGCGCCAAGUAUGAAAUCAGUCAGCAGGGAACAACCCAUAUUUUAAAGAUUUACGGUGUAACUCGAAGAGAUUCUGGAAAAUAUAUUUGCGACAUUGGCCACGGGAGAAGCAUGGGCACGUUAUCAGUGGAAGCUCUCUCAGCUCGUCCAGCUCUUUUUCAAGUCCAGCUGGAGAAUCAAGAAGUCAAGGAAGGGGAAACAAUCACCCUGGCCACUGCGCUCACAAAACCCGAUGUGCCCGUCCAGUGGAUGAAAGGCUCUGCCCAACUGGAGCCAAGUCACAAGUAUGAGAUGAGACAAAAGGCAUCUUAUGUUGAGCUGCUAAUCCAUGAUGCGCAACUGGAGGAUGCAGGCCACUAUACCUGUCAAACUGAGGAUCAACAGACCACCGCAUCUGUGCUUGUCAAAGAAAUACCAGCCACCAUAGAAGAAAAAUUAAAAGACCUCACCGUUCUGGAAGGAGAGAAUGCUGCAUUUCGCUGUGUGGUUUCUCACGAGAAGGCCAAAAACCUGCAAUGGAGUUUGGCAGGUGUGCCUCUGCAAUCCAAUGAAAUGAACCAAAUUGGCGUGGAAGGCAAAAUUCACACCCUCGUUCUCCGAAAAGUCACCCUUGAAGACUCCGGCACUGUCAGUUUCCAAGUUGGUCAGAAUUCAACGCAGGCUCAGUUAUUGGUGCAAACUGCACCGGUAACCUUCCUAAAAAAGCUGGAGAAUGCAGAAGUAACCGAAAACAGCAUGGCAACCUUCCGCUGUGAGCUUUCCAAACCUGGGAUCCCAGUGGAGUGGAGAAAGGGAUCAUCCAUGAUCCAGCCCAGCCAGAAGUUUGAAGUCAAAACUGAAGGCAAUGCCUACAUUUUGAUCAUCCAUGAUGUGGUCCCAGAAGACUCAGGAGAAUAUAUCUGCAGUGCAGCUGACAAGAAAACCACUGCCAAACUAAAAGUUAAAGCUCUGCCAGUGCUCUUCAAGCGAAGUCUGCAAAACAAGGAGGUUGAAGUAGGAAACACUGUGUCAUUGUGUUGUGAGUUGUCCAAGCCGAUGUCACCUGUGGUGUGGAGAAAAGGAAACAAGAAGCUUCAGUCGAGUGAGAAGUACGAGAUCAGACAAGAAGGGAAUUUUGCCGAGCUUCUCAUUUAUGAUCUGGAAAUUCAGGACGAUGGCGACUAUACCUGUGAUUCAGGAGACCAGCAGACCACUGCCACAGUGAAGGUCAAAGUGUUACCCGUCUUCUUUGAAGAAGGCUUGCAAAACAUUGAGUCAGAAACCGGAGGGAAAGCUGUCCUGUGUGGCAAAAUCUCAAGUCCCAACACUCCUGUCGAGUGGCGGAAAGGAUCCCUCAUUCUGCAGCCCAGUGCCAAGUACGAGAUGAAGCAGAAAGGCCCCACGGUUGAGCUGAUCAUCUAUGACUUGGAACCGGAGGACUGUGGAUCGUAUACAUGCAGCACUGGGGAUGAGCUGUCCACAGCCUCGGUAUAUAUACCAGAAGAGGAAACACAGAUAGUUUCUGGUUUAAAGAACACGGAUAUUUUUGCCGGGGAAUCAGCUACUUUUACCUGCGAGCUCUCCCGAUCCGGAACACAAAAUGCACAGUGGUGGUUGGACGGCUCGCCUCUUCACAACAGCACUGCAAAUGAAAUCUCGGUGCAAGAUGGGACCAUUCACAAGCUGAUCUUAAAAGACCUGGGUCUCAAUGAUUCAGGAACAGUGACCUUCCGAGUGGGUUCUCUGAUAUCCUCGGCUAAAUUAUUAAUCAAAGAUCCGACCAUUGAGGUGGUCAGCCCCAUGCAGGACCUAACUCUGGAAGAAGACGGGACCGCGGAAUUCAUCUGCCAGUAUUCUCGGCCAGUGCAGGCCAUCUGGAAGAAGGACGAUCAACCUCUUCGAGAAGAUGGCCAGCGAAUUGUGGUUGAGCAGGACUGGAACGUGGCCAAAUUGAAAAUCAAGCCGACUUUCCCUUGUGACACGGGGAUUUACUCUUGUGAAGCUGGAGGCACCAAAGUGGUGGCCAUGCUUGACGUUCAAGCCAAGAACACAGUCAUCCAGGGCCUCGAGAACGUGGAUGCGAUGGAAGGAGGGGAAGCCCUCUUUGAGUGUUAUCUUUCCAAACCAGAAAUCUACAAUUAUAACUGGCUAAUCGAUGAUGUACCGGCAAAAACAUCUGAAAACGUGGAACUGGUUUAUUUUGAAAAUGGGCUUCGCCAUCUUCUGCUUCUAAAGAACCUCAAAGUCCAAGACAGCUGCAGGGUGACCUUUCAAGCGAGCGAUGUGGUCACGUCUGCUUUCUUGACCGUAAAAGGAUGGAGACUGGAAUUCUUGCAGCCGCUGAAGGAUGUCACCGUCCGCGCUGGGGAACAAGCCGUCUUCAGCUGCGUGUUAAGUGAAGCAGUACCCAUCUAUGAGACUGCCUGGUAUCUUAAUGACGUAGACAUCCAGCCAGAUGAAAAUUGGAGAACUGAAGUUGAAGAAAAUACCUACAAACUCAUCCUAAAGAAAGCUCAGCUUCUCCACUCUGGGGAGAUAACCUUCGCUGCCAGAGAUGCUAUUGUGUCUGCAAAACUGACCAUCAUAGAACCUGUUGAAGUCACUCAGCCUUUGGUUGACCAGUCUGCCACGCAAGGAGAGAAGGCCAAGUUGCAGUGCGAAUUGUCCAGUGAGACCCAAGAGGUGAUUUGGGUCAAAGGGAAAGAACCAAUCCAACCUGGAGGACGAUAUGAAAUCAUCUCCGAAGGCAAAAAACAGACACUCAUCAUACACGAUUUUAAAUCUGAAGAUGAAGGAUCCUACACCUGCAUCGCCUCACCUGAAAUCAAAACUUCUGCCACUCUUUCGAUUGACGAUUCUCCAGUGUCCAUGUUGAAAGAAAUGGUUGAGGAAGCACCAAUCUCUAAAGAGCUAAUGAAGGUAGCGGAUGAAGAGGUUCAACCCAGCUUGCCACCCGAAGCUGCUCAGGAAGGUGACCUCCACCUUCUGUGGGAAGCUCUGGCCAAGAAGCGGAGGAUGAGUCGUGAGCCGACCUUGGAUUCAAUCAGUGAACUGCCCGAAGAAGACGACAAGCUUCAGAAGAGGAAGAAGGAGGAAGUGGAGAUAACCCAAUACUACUCCGAGGAAUACUCUACUUGCGAUGAAUCUGCAAAAGCUGGAGAAGCAGAUUUCUCCAUCACAAGUUCAGAUGAUGAAUCCAGAGCCGGGACACCUUCCUUAAUCACCUACCUUAAGAAGGCUGGAUCAAUCACAGUGAGUGUCAGUCGCAAAGCCGUAGAGAAAGUACCUCAAGAUCAGCAGAAGGUCAGUAAAGAACCAUCUCCUCCUGCAGAGUCAACUGAAAUGGAGAUCACUGAAGGUGACUUGGAGGACCCUUCUAUAUCUCAAGCUGCAGUCAAAAUCCAAGCUGCCUUCAAAGGUUACAAAGUGAGAAAGGAAAUCAAACAGCAGGAACGUCCGGUCUUUGCUGAGACCUUCAAGGACUUUGUUGGCAAGAUAGGAGACACCCUCCAUCUGGAGUGCAUGGUCCACAGCAAAACAGACAUGACAGUCAGUUGGCUGAAAGAUGGGAAUGAAAUUAAGGAUGGGCGGCAUUAUCACAUAGACAAUUACAACGAUGGGACCUGUUCCUUAAUUAUUGCCGGUGUGGAAAUGAACGACAAGGGCAAGUACACCUGCGAAGCGUCCAAUAAAUUUGGCAAGGUCUCCCACAGUGCCAAGGUGACCAUCCAACCUCAAGCACCUUCUCGCAAACCGAAACCCGCCAAGCAGCUUCCCGACAGUGAAUCAGAGAGCUCGUCCGGCAGUGAAUUAGACGACGCUUUUCGUAAAGCUGGACGGAGACUCCACAAGCUAUUCAAGUCCAAAAUCUCCACCGAGAUCUCCGACGUCGACGAGGAACUGUUUGUCAGCGCGGACGAGGGAGAGAUCGAGGCAGUGGAUCGUCAGACCUAUCGGGAAGACGAACGCUACAUCUACAUUAAGUUUGAAGUUCACAUGGAGGCCAAAACAGCUGCAGGCCGGUUUCGGGAGAUGUUUGCUGCUAUGGGUAUUCCUGUUGAGAUUGACAUUUUGGACCAGGGUCCUAAAAAGAUAGAGUUGCGUAUUGGGAAAGCCACUUCACCACCUGCAGGACAGUUGCGGACUUUGGUUCAACGGCCACCACCUACUUUGCUGACCUCUGAUACUGCUCCGAUCUUCAUCACUGAGCUUCAAAAUCAAGAGGUGCAGGAUGGUUACCCGGUCAGUUUCGAUUGUGUGGUGAUUGGCAAGCCGAUGCCGACUGUCCGGUGGUUUAAAGAUGGCCGUGUUCUUGAAGAGGAUGACCACUACAUGAUCAAUGAGGACCAGGAAGGAUGUCAUCAACUGAUCAUCACGGCGGUGGUCCCUCUUGACAUGGGGGUCUACCGCUGUGUGGCUGAAAACAGCAUGGGGGUGUCUUCAACAAAAGCUGAGCUACGAGUAGACUUAACCAGCACAGACUAUGAUACAGCCGGAGAUGCAACGGAGACCUCCUCGUACUACAGCGCCAAAGGUUACCUGUCCAGCCGGGAACAAGAUGGAGUGGAGUCAACAACAGAAGAGGAACAGUUGCCUCAAAUCACGGAUGAACUUCACGAUAUUCACGUGGCGCCUGGAGCCCCUGUUGCCAAAUUCCAUUUAAAAGUGAAAGGUUUUCCCGAGCCCCGUCUCUACUGGUUCAAAGACGGUCAGCCAUUACACACAAGCGAUCAUCUCCAAAGGACAGACAGCUGGGAAUUUCACGCUCUGGAAAUUCUCCAGGUCACCAAAGAGGAUGAUGGCCAGUAUUCUGUCUUCAUCACUAACUCUGCUGGGUCUGCUUAUUCGGCAGCCAGGCUCAUAGUCGAAGGAGCUGGUGAGGACAGAAAACCAGAAAAAGACAUUUAUGAGCAGCUAGUGCCACCAAGAUUCCUCGAAAGAUUUACCAACAAGAAAGUGAGGAGAGGGGUCAGCAUCACCCUUUCAGUGAAGGUGGAAGGGACUCCAUCACCCUCAGUAACGUGGUUGAAGGAAGAAUCUCAUGGUGAAGACAUCCUCUGGAUCAGGUCGGACACUCCAGGUUAUAAACUGGCCAGUUCCAAUAUGCAGCACAGUCUGAUCUUAUUGGAUGUGGAAAAAACCUACAGUGGAAACUAUACUUGUAUCGCCUCCAAUCAGGCUGGUCAGUCUAUCUGCAGUGCUUCAUUGGACGUUUUGGAUGUGAAAGAGGCUGAGUCUCUGACCCAGGAGCGUGUGAUGGUGACAGAGGCCAUCAUGACAUCAAUUGGAGCUCAAGCUUCUGAAGCUGGAAAAGGAGAGCACAUGGAAGGAGAAACAGCUCGGAGUCAGAUUUCUCUAACCGAAGUGGGAACCGAGGAAUUUCUGCAGAAACUGACAUCUCAGAUCACGGAAAUUGUAUCUGCAAAGAUAAGUCAAGCUUCCCUCCGAAUUCCUGGAGCUGACAGUGACGAUGAAUCAAAGACACCAUCGGCAUCUCCACGGCAUGGCAGGUCCAGACCUUCCUCAACUGCUCAGGAAUCUUCCUCCGAAUCCGAUGAAGGGGAUGCAAGGGGGGAGAUUUUUGACAUCUACAUGGUCAUUGCUGACUAUACCCCAAUGGGGGCAGACCGUGAAACCAUCACUCUGAAGGAAGGCCAAUACGUGGAGGUUUUAGACUCCGCUCAUCCUUUGAAGUGGCUGGUCAGGACCAAACCCACCAAGUCAAGCCCAUCAAGACAAGGUUGGGUUUCUCCAGCCUACUUGGAUAAAAAGUUAAAGCUGUCUGCGGAGUGGGGUAUCCCUGAUGUUCCAGAGUUCCAUGGAGAAUCUGUUUCAGAGGACGAAUAUCGGAAGAAAUUAAGCUUUAUCAUUCAAGACCUGUUGGGCACGGAAGAGGAGUAUGUCAAGGAUCUUCAGUUCCUCCAAACGCACCACAUCCAGUUCACAGAGACUUGUCCUGCCGUUCCUGUUGCUGUGUCCAACCAGAAGCCCGUUAUUUUCAGAAAUAUUACUGACAUAACGCACUUUCAUUCCAACACCUUCUUCCCAGAGCUUCAGAAGUGUGACACAGAUGACGAUGUGGCCAUGUGCUUCCUUAAAAAUGAAGCCGAAUUUGACAAAUACAUCACCUACUUGGUAGGCCGGGUUCAAGCCGAGUCCAUUGUGGUCAGCAAAGCGGUCCAGGAGUUUUAUAAGCGAUACACAGAGGGGACACUGGCUAGUGAGGAUCCUUCCCUGCCACCGAUGUUCCCUCUGCAACACUAUCUAGAGAGACCCAUAAACCGGAUCCAGAAAUAUCAAACAGCAAUCAAGGACAUGAUCCGAAACAAAGCAAGGAACACUCAAAACUGCGCCCUUUUGGAACAGGCCUACGCCAUUGUUUCUGCACUCAACAGACGAGCAGAAAACAACCUUCAUAUUUCUCUCAUUGAGAACUACCCUGGAACCCUGGAAAUAUUAGGGGAACCCAUUCGGCAGGGACAGUUCAUUGUGUGGGAAGGUGCUCCGGGGGCGCGCAUGGCUUGGAAGGGACAUAAGCGCCAUGCCUUCCUCUUCAAGGGUUACCUGCUGGUGUGCAAACCAAAACGGGACACGAAGAUGGAUACUUACAGCUAUCUGUUCAAGAACAUGAUGAAGCUAUCUCACAUCGAUGUGAAUGACCUGAUCGAAGGAGAUGACCGGGCGUUUGAGAUUUGGCACGAACGGGAAGAUUCGGUCCGGAAGUAUCUCUUCCAGGCGCGCACCGUUAUCAUCAAAAACUCAUGGGUGAAAGAGAUCUGUAGUAUUCAGCAACGGAUCAGUCUCCCUGUAUGGGAUGCACCUGAUUUUGAAGAGGAACUGGCGGACUGUACAGCAGAACUGGGCGAAACUGUCAAGCUGGCAUGCCGAGUCACAGGAACCCCUAAACCAGGCAUCACCUGGUAUAAAGAUGGGAAACCAGUCGAAGUGGAUCCUCACCACAUCGUCAUAGAAGAUCCCGAUGGAUCCUGCACAUUGAUCCUUGAUAAUCUGACCGGAGUGGAUUCAGGGCAAUAUCUGUGCUAUGCGUCUAGUCCAGCUGGCAGUGCCAGCACCCUUGGGAAAAUUCUCGUCCAAGUGCCUCCUCGGUUUGUGAACAAGAUGAAACAUGCCUAUUACACCAAUGGCGAAGAUGCACAGUUUACUUGCACUAUCGAAGGGGCACCAUACCCCCAAAUCAGGUGGUAUAAAGAUGGGAACCUCCUCACUGACCCGAACAAACACCAGAGCUUCAGUGAGCCACGAAGUGGCGUGAUUGUCCUGGUUAUCAAAAAUGCCUGUGAGGAUGAUGAAGGUUUCUAUGAGUGUGAGUUGAUAAACAGGUUGGGGACCGCGAAGGGAAGCGCCCACCUUUAUCGUCAAACCACAACAGCAUUGGCUCCGGAGAAGAGACCUGAGCAAGCGAUCACAAUAGAAGCUGAACUGCAGGCGCCUCCUGGCAAAACCAGAGAAAGUGACACGUUGUCUAGGGAAGCAGACAUCAUUCCCCAAGACGAAAGCAUGUGUGAACGUGCUGUUCUCCCUGCCAAGGUCGUCGAAAUGAUAGCGGAAGUGCCGUGGUUCCGGAAUGAAAGAACAGAGGACAUUUUGGAUUUAGCCGGUGAGGGCAUCGCGGAGAGAACCCGUGUUGAUGAAAAAGGAGAAAAGAGCGUCACAAGUCCACCAUACAUGCAGGUGCCCCUUGAGGAUGUCCAGGUUCGGUGUGGGGAAAUGGCCAAGUUCCAGGCCAUCAUUGAAGGCAAUCCUCAGCCGGUGGUUGGAUGGUUUAAGGGAAUUUCCUUGUUGCUGGACAGCGAAAGGAUCUACCAGUUGAACGAAGGGACUACCUACUCUCUGAUCCUCUACAACGCUCGGGCCGAAGAUGGAGGGGUCUACGCUUGCAUGGCUAAAAACCCUGGAGGGGAGGUGGUCUGCAAAGCGGAGCUGGUGGUACAGGAAGACAAGAAAAGUCAAGAGGCGAAGAAGCGAAGCUCACGAAGGAAACUUCAUUCUUUCUACGAGGUUAAACAGGAAAUAGGAAGGGGCUCCUUCAGCGUUCUCAAGAGAGUCAUCCAUAAAGCUAACCGUGUGGCUUGUGCUGCGAAAUUCAUCCCAUUGCGAAGUCGAACGAGAGAACAGGCUUAUCGGGAAAGAGAUAUUCUAGUCCAACUUUCCCAUGAUCGAAUUACUCAAUUACUGGACCAGUUUGAAACACGGAAAACCUUAAUUCUUAUUUUGGAACUAUGUUCCAACGAAAACCUUCUGGACCGCUUGUACAAGAAGAACAUGGUGACAGAAGCAGAGGUCAAAUUCUACAUCAAGCAACUUCUAGAAGGGAUCCUGUAUCUUCACAGCAAUGAAAUAUUACAUUUGGACAUCAAGCCCUCAAACAUUUUGAUGGUCCACCCCGACAGGGAUGACAUUAAGAUCUGCGAUUUUGGCUUUGCCCAAAGGAUAAAUCCGUCAGAGCCUCAGCACAGCAUUUAUGGAUCUCCAGAAUUUGUCCCACCAGAAGUACUGUCCAGGUCUCCAGUGUCAACGGCAUCAGACAUCUGGCCAGUUGGGGUUAUUAGCUAUUUAAGCUUGACCUGCAAGUCUCCCUUUGCUGGGGAAAAUGACAGAGCAACCCUGCUCAAUAUCCAGAAUGGAAUUGUUUCAUGGAAUAGCUCUGAUUGGGAUCAUUUGAGCAAAGAAGCCAAGGGUUUUAUCGAAAAGAUCCUUCAGCCAGCUCCUGGAACCAGGCCAAGUGCGAUGGAGUGCCUCUCUCAUCCCUGGUUUUCUCACAAAUCACCACCUGAAGAGGGUCAUUUUAUUGAGACAAAACCGCUCAACUUUUUUGUAUCCCGAAGCAAAUGGCAGCGGUCUCUUAUGAGCUACAAGUCGUUGCUUGUUAUGAGACCAAUCCCAGAAAUUCUGGAAAAGCAUCACAAGAACACGUCGCUUGGAGUCUCCCGACAACUGGUCGAAGAAAGCAGUUCCUCCAGCACGAGUGGGUCAUCUUCGGACAACGAAAUUUUGGUCUCCUCUGGAAAAAAGCCUUUUGGACCCAUCCCAGAGGUUCGUCUAUCUGUGCUGAAAGACUCAAACAAUCAAGAUGAUGAAGUAUUUGAAGAUGAGUUCAAACUUCCUGAUGACUCCAUGCCACCCAUCAAAACCAGAAGGUUGAAGGAACCUUCAGCAAAAGGACAUCCUGUCCGAGAACGAGAAAUCUCCGAAGUUGACCCCCAUGGAAGAACAGUGUUUGAGCUGGCUUCGUUACAAGAUCAAACUGGAUUGUUGCCUCCAGAAGAAAGAAGAAUAGAACGGUCUCCAGGCUGUGUCCCGAGACAUAGCGUCAUCAAAAGCACUUUUUACAGCCACCCGUCAGAAAAUCUUACUGAUUUUCCCUCCUCGCCAGGAAAAGGGCAAAGGAAACAAUUAGAAAAAGCUAAGAGAUCUUACAGAAAAGCUGGAUACUCAAAGUCCGCUUUAACAGGUCUACGGGAACCCUUGCUAGAACGGUUUGAACUUGGUGGAGAAGGAAGACCGUUGGCAGAUGCAGAAUUGGGGAAGGAACGAGAAGUAAGUUAUGGACCCCUAAUCACCAAAUCAGCUUCUUUUGAUACUGCUCAGAAAUCGCCCAAAGUGACUUUCCAGGUAUCCGCCAGGAGCCGUUCUUUGGAUGACUACAUAAUAAGAGCCGGGAGCUUCGCUGAGGAGCAGGAGAUUGCAGACGAAGACCUGGACACCAUGGUGCAGGGUGGUCCAGCAGAAGGAACUCAUGUGAAGGAUGAAAAAACGUCAGCAGCAAAAGCUAGGGAGGGUUUUUCUGAAGAACACCCAAUGUUAGUCCCACUGGAUGACAAGGAAAGAUCCAAGUUGGGCCUUCAGCAGGACAAGAAGACCUUGAUUUUGGCACAAGACUCUGAAAAAGAGGAGGAUUUACCUCAGAAAAUGAAGGUGCCACAUUUUGUGGGAAGAUCUCCUCAAGGCAGAGAAGAUUUGAGUCUAGAAGCUCAGCAAUCUGGUUUUGCUUCAGGGUUGGUUUCAAAAAGUGACAUUGAGGAGGAGCAGAGAUCCAUGUCUUCUCCUCACAGGGAUGGACAAAUUGUUUUUCCAAAGGGGAAAACCUCUGUUUUGAGAGUGCCACCAUCAGGGAGCCCACAUUUGGUGUCUCAGGAUAGCAAGGAGGAAAAACUGCCCCGUGAGGCAACCCCAACUUCUCCCAAGAAUAUUGAAGGACGUCAACUUCAACAAGGAGAAAAUCUUCAUCUUCUGAAAGCUGUUCCUUUGCACAUCUCCCAUGUUCAGGCUGAGAAACAGCUUGCUGGUGCUCCAGACAAGAGUCCCAAAGACCUACAGACUGUGCCAGUGCUUGAAGGCCAGAAACCUUUACAUCAAUUGCCUGUUGCACACCUGGAAAGGAAGCUACCUGUUGCAAAAACUGAAGGUCCUGUUCAUCCAGAGAUUGUUGCUCUGGGAAGAAGCCAGCAACCAUCACAACGAGAGUCUCCUCUUUACAGAAGACCGUCUCCUACUACCCCAAGAAGUGCUGCUGCUCAGAUGCAAGCAUCUUCCCAACCAGGAUCCACCUCAGAACCCAUACUUCCUGGAGAAAUCCAGAUAGCCUCACUUCCAAAGUCCUCUGCUUACCCAGAAAGAGAGUCUCUUCUCACAGAGGUUCAGCGUACUCCUCAAGCCCAAGCAGAUCUGAUGUCCUUCUUUGAAGCUGAAAAAUAUGAGCUCUACCACCACCUGCCAUCUGCUCCUAGUGAAGCCCUCAAGGGCCAAAUACCCAUCGUAGCAGGCUAUUCUCAAGCAAAAAUGAGACAGUUUGCAACCUCUGGAGAAAAAGGCUCCAUAACUCAAAUGAAAAGACCAUAUUCUAUUGGAGAAGGCAGAAGCCACGAGCAGAGACUUUACAGUGACCCAGAGGUUUACGUUCUGGAGAACUUAGCGGAGAAGAUGGCUUACCGCUCGAAAGCAACACUUCCUUGGUCAGAGUCACCCCAAGAUGAGAUGCUCCAUCAAACGUCACCUGGCCAAGCAGUGAGACCGAAAAGUAGGUAUCUGGUGCGCAGAGGCAAGAGAGAAGGUGGCAUUGGCCUAGCAGAUCCUUCAGAAGCCGAUAUUAUCUAUCCUGGAGAAGAAGACUAUUUCAGUCUUCAGUCUUACCUGAGCAAGAAAGCCAGGAUGUCUUCUUCUUAUGAAGGCUUGGAUUAUCCAGGAGGUAGCCGAAUGUAUGAAAUUGCCCUUGUGCAGAUCCAGGACCUCUCAGAGAUGCCUCGUCCCGACAGCAAGACCUCCAAAUUUGAUAUCACGGAGGUGGAACCAGCUUUCCUCAACCUUCAUGAACUCUAUGACAUUGUCUAUUCUCCAUUCGAGUUCCUGAGUUUCAGGAAAGCUCCUGAGAAUUUGCCCAGCAAAAGGCCACCUGGAUCCAAACUCCCUUCUCAGCAGGAGAAAAAAAUAUGUCUCAGGGAGGAUAAUUUGGGCCUCAAGGAACUUUCUGGAGAAGAAGAAAUAGAUGCCCUCAAAAUGGAGGUGGGUCCUGAACCAGCCAUAGCACUACGGAUAGGGAAGAGGUCUGACUCGGAAGGUGAUCUACCGAUGGGGUCCCAGUAUGAUCUCCCAUCAGAUCCAACGAGGAAGAGGAAGAGUUCUCUCCAGAGUGCCUUAGGACUUUUCAAGCCGGUUGUCCGCUCUCAGUCCAUGGAGCAGGUGGAACUCAGUCUGAGGAAGAGGAUGAAGGCAUCUGUAGCUCAGUUCUCGAAGAUGUUGACCAGAAAACUGUCCAGUGAAGACACCAGAACAGCCUCUGAGGAAGUCAAGAGUGAGCAAGCUGAGAGGACUUCCUUGACAGAGCCUUCCCCAACUUCCAAAAAGAAACGGAUGUUCUCGUCAUUCACCUUGCCAAGCCUCAAGACCAAGGACAAAGGACCUUCUUUCACAGAAGAGCUCACCGAUCAGACCGUUGCCAUCGGACAAUCUCUGACCCUCUCCUGCCGGACCUCUUCCCAUUCCUCCUCUGGCGUCGAAUGGUUCAAAGACGGAGCAGCGAUUUGCAACACGGAUCGGAUCCUGAUUUCUUCGACUCUAAAACGGUUCCAGCUUUUAACCGUGUUAUCAGCUACAAUAGCAGACUUUGGCGUGUACACCUGUAAGGCUACCAGUUCCCACGGAGCCGUUUCUACCUCCUGCACCAUAAGGAAAGCAGAGGCACCUUCAAACAUACCUGCCCCUGAUAUCCUUGAAGUUCUUGAAGAUGGCGUACAGCUGGCCUGGGAAGCGAUGGAACUCAACAAGCCAGUGACUUACACUGUUCUAUGCAAGAAGGAUGAUGGGGAGUGGAAAACCCUGGCCAGUGACAUCCCGGAUUGCUGUUACACAGUUGAACAUCUUCCUCGGGGUUUGGUCUACUCCUUUCGUAUUGCUUGUGUGAGCCCAGCCGGCGUGGGUCCAUACAGCUACCCAACUCCCAAAGUGAAAAUUGGUGAAGAAGAUCAAGCAGCAUUUCAAGCUCAGGAAGAAGAGAAUAGGAUGGCAGCUCCGCCAACGCACCAGACCUACGCCUUCCAGACCGAGAUUAAAAGGGGCCGUUUCAGCAUCAUCAAACAAUGCCGAGAAAAAUUCAGCGGAAAUCCGUUGGCUGCCAAAAUCAUCCCGUAUCAGCCAGAAGAGAAAGACGCCAUCCUACAGGAAUAUCAGAUCCUAAGGAAACUGCACCACACCAAUGUAGGGCAGCUGCAGGGUGCCUAUGUGAGCCCACGCCACCUUGUGCUGAUUGUCGAACUCUGUGUGGGACCCGAAUUGCUUCAUGCCUUAGCUGGAAGGCCUUCGUAUUCAGAGGUGCAGGUCAGGGAUUACCUGUGGCAGAUUCUCAGCGCUGUCGAGUACCUUCACAAACAAGACAUCAUGCAUCUGGAUCUGCGGUCUGAAAACAUGGUGAUUGUUGAGCCCAACCUGUUGAAACUCCUGGACUUUGGCAACGCCCGGUUCUACACGCCCGACCAAAUCAUAACCGUGGAUGGAUGCACGGAUUAUGUAGAAACCAUGGCUUCAGAACUCCUAACGGAGAAGGGAGCCAUCCCGCAGACGGACAUCUGGGCGAUUGGCGUGACAGCUUUCAUCAUGCUGAGCGCCGAAUACCCCAUCAGCUCCGAGGGUGCCUGUGACUUCGGAAGGCUGGUCAAGCGGGACAAGAUACGACUCAACAAAUGUUACGCCGGUCUUUCGGGGGGAGCCAUCAACUUUCUCCAAAGCACGCUUUCCUUGAAUCCAUGGAGAAGACCAACAGCCGCAGAAUGUCUCCAGUCUUCGUGGCUGCAGGAGACUGGCUUGGACGAACACCAACAAGCCACGGUUUCUUUCUCCACCACCAAGCUGAGAAAUUUUGUGGCCGAACGCGAGCGGAAAAGAGCACUCCUCUGUUCAAAGUACGGUGUGAUGGCUGUGUAGCCAGCGAAACCUCUUUCACACGAUCCCUUUCUGGCUGCCGUGACUCACCGCCUCGCCGAUGAAUCUUAGUGCUGAGUUUUAUAUAUAUAUAUCUGGACUCCAAAAAGCAAGGAUUUUUAAGCAGCACAUUGCCGAGCAACGGAAGUUUGCAGGUGAAGACAUUUAUUUUGAUAGCGGAAGGGAAGAUGGAUGCAUUUUAUUUAUUUUAUAGUAACGUUCCUCUAAUAUCCUCAACAACUUGGAAUAAUUGACAGAUUGGAGAAAGUGAAAGUCAGGCCCGAAAGAUUAUCUGUUUCAAAAGCAAUUCAAAGGUGGAUGCAACCCACAGACAGAAUUUAUGAAAUCUCUGGGUUAUUUAUUUAUUUUAUUUUAUUUUUUGCAAAGAAAAAGAAGCAUCUGGUUUUUUUUAGAGGCUUUGACAAAAGCUGGAGGGAAAGAAGAGGCUACACAAUAUUUUCUAUUCGCUGUUCCCUAUCAGUUGAGCAUGCAAAUUGUCCAUACACCUUACAACCGUUUCACAAAAAAAAGGAAGAUUUAGAUUUAAUUUCGGUUUUCGUUUUAAUUUAAUUAAAGGUAGUUCUAUCAAAAUAAAUUUAGUUCAGUAAGUUCAUUAUUUAUUAAAGAAUUUAUUUAAUCCAAAUGAAAUUAAUAAAACUAAAUUAAAAAAUAACAAUAAAUUAAAUUGGUUUUAUUAAUUUAUUUUAGUUUUAAUAAUUAUUUAAUUAUUUGAUGUUAGCAUUAAAUACUUAAUUGAACAGUUUUCUUUCGUUGCUUUUUUUUUUCCCCUGUUGUAUUCGAUAGAGAUAACUUUCAGAGGUGCAAAUAAAGCUCAUUUUAUUAGGAAGGAAAAUCAGUCUGCCUUAGAAGACUUCAAUACAUACAUAAUUAAUCUUGGUGAUAAAGAUAAGAGUAAAUUUCAUUAACAGUUGGAUGAGUUUCAAUGGCUUUACAGCUCUGGCUUUUCACGUGUGAACGCCCCAGGGUGAAAAUAUACACUACUCAGACAAUAAAUCAUUGUCACAGGGAGAAACCCAUAAACUCAAUCAAAAUCACAAUGCCCUACAUGUUUCUUCAGAAAUAAUCCCAUGAUGUUCCUCCUGAGGUAUAAAGAGGUGGCUCGUGUCAGCCAGCUAAGCUGCAUGCAGCCCUUCGAAGAAGCUGCCAGCUGUUCUUUUCAAAGAAUUACAGAAUUCUUUCAAAAAAAGGAAUCAUAGAAAAUCUUUCAUAGUCUUAUCGGAGAGCAAGUGCAGUGCCUUCACUUCACUCCGACUGGUGUGAUGUUUGUUGCCAUACAAACAAACAAACAAAAUUAGUUGGUUAUUGCUUCUUUUGCAGUGAAGAAUGAAUUGUCUGGCUGUUUUAUCACCGAUGGAACUUAGUUUUGCAAUCAAGAGAUCUUCCCUUAUUGCUUCACCUGGUUAAAAGUGACCCCUUUGCUGUGGUUUUCUUUUUCAAAUCGCUGAACUAUUUUUUCUUCCUCACAUUGACUUUUUUUUAAAAAAUAAAAAUAGCCCAGUAGAACAGAAAACAUUAAAUUUGAUUUUCCAAUUAUUUUAAAAAACAGACUGACUAUUCAUCUGCCCCAGUAAAUAAAUACUGUAAUCAAAGUAAA